AGAGGAGGGGAGAGAGAGAGAGAAAAGAGGAGCACACGAGACCAGUGUGUACAGUCAACAGCUCUGCGCAUAUUCCGCGCUCCUCGGGACGCGCUGUGCCAGAAAAAGCGCAAAAAAGUUUAUGUGUCAGAAACCCGACAGUUCCGGGUUAUUGCUUACACCCAAGAGCAGGAGGAGUAGUGUCAUUUAAGAAGUUGAAGGAAACGUGGAUCGACGGCAGAGAUGUUGUUUUCGGCUGUGUGGCUUUGCUUUCAUCUCGUCAUGGCUGUUGAAGUGAACACUGAAUACCACCCCCACUCGCUCAGUGUCUCGGUGCCCUACGUCUCCUACAUAUGUCCGGAAGGUGCCAACAUCACGAUGGUGUGUGAACAGUCUGGCGCUAUGGAGCAUACGGAGGACCGAAUAGCCAAGUUAUGGUUCUUCAAUUCACACAUGGACCAGCGGUGUCACAGUCACCUGCAAAAAACGGAUUUUGUGAAGUUCGAGUCCCAUAAGACGUCCUUCGCCGUCACGCUGCUGGGCGUGACACGGGCCAACCAGGGACGCUACUGCUGCAUGGUACUGGACUUCCUGCCGGAAGGCAAGCACAAGCCGUUGCAGGAGGCGCACAGCCACAUGAUGCUCACCGUCACGGCACGUCGCAACGACAGUCUGAAGUGCACAAAGCUGUCGCCGUCACCUCCACAAGGUACAUUGAAAGCAACCAAGAACAUGCCAUAUGGUACAGUGGCUGCAGGUCUGGCUACAGCUGCAUGCAUUAUGGGUAUUUUGUGUCUGCCCGUCUUACUGAUCCUGGUGUACCGCCAAAGACAAAGAACUCAGAGCAGCCGACGUGCACACGAGCUAGUUCGCAUGGACAGCGAGGCUCAAGGCCACGAGAACCCUGUAUACAUGGGCGGCUCUCCGGCGCCCCCAUCUCGCACCGUGGCUCAGAUCCUGACGCGCCAGUCGUCCGAAACGGGACGUCACCUUCUGUCCGACCCCGGCACCCCCUUCAGCCCAAACCCGCACGGAGAAGUGUUUUUCCCCGCGCACGAGCCCAUCCCGGAGUCCCCCGACUUCCAGCCGUUGUAGGAUGGAGAGACGCGUUCAUGUUCUCAGCGCCCCUGAAACGCCCUGCACUUUUCUUUCUCCGACGCAGUCCGUCCUGCCUGCUUUCUCUAUGACCAGGAGGACAAGGAGAGAACAAACCCCCAUCUUCUUCUUCCACACACACACACGCACACACGCACACACGCACACACACACUUUCCACCUGUAUCAACAGCCAGGGGCCAGGAGGAGCUCAUCUCACUUUGUGUUGCGUAGGGUGG